AUGGACGCCGCGCGAGCCAGAAUCACAGAACUAGCUAUUACAUUCUCCCCACCAUCUCCCCAUAAAUGCCAGACCUUACUGCCCCAUUCCUCUCAGCCCCCCAUCCACCCAUCCUCUCCAAUACCCCCCUAUCCCCCAUCCUCCCCCAUAUUUUCCGCGCAGCUGCGCAGCGUCACGGCAAUCUAUUGGUACUUCACCGUCGCUGACGUCAUCUACGACGUCACGCGCCCAGAUCGCCUGGCGGUGCGCGGCACGCUGUGCGUGCGGCCGUGGCUCGCGCCGCUCACCACGCGCCAGCUGCACAUGGUGGCCGUGCUGCGCCUCGAGCCACACGAGGAGCGCGUCACGUCUGACGACGAUAGCGACGUCCCCGCAGCGCCGUCAAGGCCUGGCGGGGCGGCCACAGCAGGCGGAAUUGGCAGCGGCAGCGGCAGUGUCAGGGGCAGGGGAAAGGGCGACGUCAAUGUUAGCGGCGGUGGAGGGGGCGGCGGGAGGCGGGUGGUGUGUCGCAUCGCGGAGCAGAGCAAUUUCUUCGAGGUGGACCCGCUGGUGGCGGAGCUGCCCCUCAUCGGCGCGCUCUACGCCUGGUCCGCGCGCCUCGCCCUGCUGCCCGCCGUGUUGUCGCACGCCGUGACCGCCGGCAAUGCCGUCUACCGCCUGGGGCUGCCAGGGAUCUGGGUGGCAUCCGCUGUCCUGUCUGGCGUGCGACAGGCUGUCACGAGCAUCCUGCAUGUGGUGUUCUGGGUGCCCAAGGGACGGUAG